CAUUCCCAUCCCUUCCUCCUCAUCACUUGCCAUCGCCCCCAUCUCUCCUCUCCUCCCUCUCUCUCGUGUUGAUGUAUGGAUGACAUGCACGCUGCUACCUCAUUCCUUCGCUCAUCCCUCCAAAACUCCGCUUUACAGCAGACCUUUACUUCUCCAAAUCAACCAGUCUCCUCUUCGUUUUACCCUACGCGCCCUGUCUCGGCUUCUUCAACCACCGCUACUGCCUUCAGCCAUGGCCUCAUAGGAGCUCCUCCAGAAUCCAUUUCCAUCAUGUCCUACAAUGCCUUCUCCACGAAACCAAUGACAUCAAUUGAAGCCCCUGAACUCUCCCACGGGUGCCGCGAUACCACCUCCCAGCCGAGUCCGCUUUCUAUUCCAGAAAUCCUUCAAGGGAUCUGUCGCUAUCUCGAUCGACAGGCGCUUGUCCAUACCAGCCGAGUCUCGAAGCAGUUCUGGGCCUGUACUGAGCCUUUCCUCUGGACUACCAUCCCCGAACAUGCCUGGGAAAGCGACCACUUCCUUUCCAAAUGGCACCAACAAGCAUCAAGAAUCAUAACCCUGCGCUGCGGACCCCACGUCGAUCUCGCCUGUGUGAGUCUAUACUGUCGUAACCUGGUAUCGCUGGACGUAUCCAGGAUAAAACACCCGAUCAUUGACACUGACGACAUUGACGGUAUUGAUUCAAUAACGAGCUCUAUCAACCGUCGCUACAGUGGCAACAACAAAUACGCCAGUCGUCAUGCCAGCGGCCUGAAUAACCACAGCAGUGCAGGGAAGCAGGCGAUGCACGACGUAUCUGAAGAUUCCUACGAGUCAUUUCUGCGCAUGACAGAAGUUCUCAUCCGAGUCCUCGAGAAUAAUAGUAAUUUACGAUGUUUACAAUUAACACCACAAGGACGGUUCCCGCCUAGACUGAUCCAGGCUCUGGCGAAAUUGGACUAUCUCGAAAUCUUGUCCUUGAAUGCUUGGCGCGACUUUCAAGAGUACUCACUGGAGCUGAUCAUGAAUGCCUGUCCGAGACUCUCGCAUCUGUCACUCGGAGAGAAUGAUUUUACGAGGUUUACACUGGAAAACUUUCGUGUCCCGGACAUGCCAAAGUCGGAACUAGCUUGCAUCGACUCAUCAAAGUUGUAUGUUAAGCUAGAGCAAUUCGACAACCCUAUCAAAGGCCGGAAUAGAUCCUUUGAUAAUGAGCAGCAGGACUCCCUCGCCAUUCACAGCAAACGGGCCGUACUUUAUACCUCCACCUCGCCCUCCACGCAGGAUAUCGCUGUCCAGCUUACCUCACACAAUGGAUUACCCUUACAUCAACAGCAGCAUCAGCAUCUAUACCACCACUCGAUGGCGGGUUUAUCACCAGUGAUACCCCAGAGUCGGAUCAAAUCCCUAUCCUUGCAUCAGGCAGGACUGCGUCAAGAGUUUCUCGUCAACCUUACUCGACAAUGCCCAGAGCUCGAGCACCUGUCUUUACUCAACGGCUGGGGAUUUUACCCAUCAUCCCAAUUCGCCUCAAUUCUCUCCCAGCUGUGUCCGCGUCUCUCCCGCCUCGAGUUCCGCGAACAGUCCCUAGAUCUGCAGGACGAGUUUUUCAUCUUGCUUUGCCAUAACUUCCCUCAACUACAGUUGAUCCAUGCAGGCAAGACCGGAUUCAGUCGCGGAGCCCUGGAUGCGGUGCGGGUUCAUUGCAGGUUCAUCGUUAGUUUGAACCUGGAUGGCGCUCGCGGUAUUCCGAGCCUGGCAAUGGAUCGGAUCAUGCGAUCCUGUGGCUCUUUGAAAGCUUUGAGCGCUCAGGGUGUAGUUUUGAACGGUCGCGACCUAAGUCAUGGAUCAAGGUGGGCGUGUCUCGGGCUCGAAGUGCUCGUUCUCGACAUCGAAAUAUAUUCCCUUGCCACAGAAGAGACGCCAGUAAGAACAACGGCAACAGAAGCAGCCAGAUCCACGCCGAGCGCUGACAGCGUGAAGAGCAUUCGAGCGCGCGUAUACGACCACCUGGCCGAUUUAAUCCGCCUAAAAACAUUGGGUCUAGGAGGUGGACAUCGUGUUGGGGGCAAAGAAGCAGGUCUAGAUUUGACCUUGGAGAGUGGACUCGAGAGAUUGACGUCCCUCCACUGUCUAGAACGAUUGGACAUACGCCGAAUGGUGCGCACACAGAGCGAAGAGGAUCUGGCAUGGAUGGUUCAGCAUUGGCCUCAGUUUCGUUUUCUAGAGGCGAGUGCCAGUCGUGCAUACCAAAGAGGAACCGACAAGACACAUAGAGCGAUAGAAUGGCUAUGCCAAUCUAGGCCAGGGAUGGACAUCAAGCUGUAUUAAAAUAACCAAACAAUCAUCUGGCGCAUAUACACC